AUGGGAGCGGCCAGGUGGGUGAAGUAUAUUCCUGGCUUGAACAUCCUCUAUGACAUCUUCUUCAAUGGCACCCCAUCCGUGGAUGCCAUCAAGGACUCCUUGAACGUGCAGGCUCUCUUGAGCGCGCUGCUCAUUGCGAUUGUGAUCUCAUACCCGGGGGCCUUUGACUAUGACGAGUUGAAAGAAGCAAGCCUUCGGCUUUCAAAGUGUCUUUUUGCGUCCGACCCAAACCCUCUCGCGGCCGCGGACGCUCUACGACUGGAAGUCUUCUUGUCAAGUCUCUUUCUCAGCAACAACGUCUUGAUGGUGGUUAUGGUAUACCUGUCCUUGUCAGGAUUGAACCUCGAUGACGACACUGCACAGGAGCGCUUCCAAAAGUGGUACUUCUAUGUGCGUUUCUUGUUCUUUUUCAUGACCAUGUUCAUGAUGGCAGGUGUUGUGACCUUUGGCCGCUGUUCCUAUUUCAUGUUCAUCCUCAAGUUCCCUUUGCCGGACGAUUACGAGAACUGUAGCGGGGACAAAACGGUGGAGGAUUCGCCCUUCAUUUUGCUACGCAACGUGGGGAAUUUCAUCUGGCUGGGGACCAUGUUCCUCGUUUUCGUGGUCCUGAGCUUCACCCAUUUCUCGCAACUUCGCAUGGACGAAAGGAUGAAGGGAAGCUUCACCACAACGGAGUUGAAGCAGGUAGUUCCACGGGACAGCUGA